GACCUGGGAGGGUGGGCGGACUUCAUCCCCCUAGGCCCUUCCACCUCCCCGAUCCUGGCUUGGCCCCCACGCACACUCUGCCCCAUCCCCACGCAUCUUCCGGGCUGGUCUGGGCAGCAAGACCCUAGCAUUCAAAGCUUUGAGUCCCUCGGGGAGGGGGGAGGGGAGGAAGAACAGGUGAAGCAGGUGUGGAGAGGCAGCAGGUGUAGGCGUGUGUGACACAGGACUAGGAGUGAGUCUGGAGUGGGAGGUGUUACGUGUGUAAGAGCACCUGUCGUCCUGUGUGUCUGUGUAUGUAUAUGUGCGCCUCCUACAGCUAGUUGCCAUGUGCCUCGAGCUUUGGUGACAGCCAGGGUGAGUGUGAUUGCAUGAGGCAGUGCAAUUUUACGGACUUGCCAGAUGUUUGUGUGUGGUUGUGUAGGACCCUGGUCGCACUAGUGAAGUUGUUUUGACCGUGUGUCUGUUGAAUGUUCAACUGUGUGCCUUGAAUGUUUCUGUAUGAAGUGGCAUGCAGCUACCGGUGCAUCAGGACCUCACUGUAUGUCGGUUCAUCCCUUUAUCAGAUUGCUGGAUGAGCAUCCUUUUGUGUUUAGUGAUUGUGGGGCUGUGGGUCAUUUUAGUAUUUGGUGCUGGCGUCCCUCAUGCAUGCUGCCUGCAGUGGGGUCUCUGUGGGUGUUGAUGCUCUUCUGCCCUCUUUGCCUCUCUGUCUUCCUGGUGUUGGUGAGGAUCUUUCGUGUCCCCAUCAGCUCCCUCCGUUCUCUGCACAUAGCUCAAGGACCCGGACAGGGACCCCACCACCCAAACAGCCUGGCUUGCAGAAGCAUGCUGUGGUUCCAGCCCCUGGCCCCUGGGGAGAGCCUUUCAUCAGUCCUGGGUUGCUGCCUACCAGGAGAAUUACUCAGAUCAUCCUCAGCAAGAAAAGCUCCUUUAAUCAACAACAACCCUUUUAGAACUUCACCCAAACCUCAUUCUCUUGCUUUCCUUCAGAGCCAGAUAGAAGUUACCGCAUGCCCCGCCCCCAGCCACUUCACUGCCCGCUUUGCACAGGGGCGGGGGUCUGCGAGGCCAAGUCCAUCUCUGUAUUUGUAGAGUCCUAAGCUUGGUAGGUGGACUUGUGUUUGUGUAAGUGACCCUGCCACCUUUGUGUACAUGUUCCUGUACGUCUCAUUGUGCAGUCUGCUCAAGAGCUCCAACCAAGAGGAGGGAGGCCGUCCCUCUCCUAACAUGAAACAAAGCUGGACAGUUGUGGAAGUUGGUAAUCCUUGCCUGCCUUAGUGGAGUCAGGUUAGACCAGGGAAGCAGGAGGGGGCCAGGGUCUUGGGCUUUGAGAAUAACUCUGUACUCCUGACUGACUUUGUUGGGAAGGCCCCAGUUGCAAUGUCAAGACCCCUAGAAGGAAGAGUGUUCACCCAUGUAGAAUCCGGAGGCCCUGCUGCCCGGUCUACUCUGCACCCACCAUCAACUUGGGCUCUUGUAAGAUAGUCCGGGUCCAGGGGCCCCCAUCAGCAUGCUGUUGGUUUGCUUUCUGCCGUGAUCCUCCCCUCAGUGAAUGAUAUCUUCCUUGCUGGGCUUCUUUAUUUAUGUUUAAUUUAUUGGGAGAUAGCGUUUUGCUGCUUAGUCCUGGCCUUAAACAUGUAGAAAAAGGACUUCCAGAACCUCUUUGUAAAGAGAAGGUUAUCUUGUAACUGGAGUAGGCGGUUUGGAGCCAGAGGGGAGUCGUUGUCCGCGGUGCUGAAGUGUGCUCCAGCCCUCCUCUUUCCUCUGCCGGCGGGAUUUGGGUUGGGAGAAGAGGCUGUAUCUCUGUCAUCUUAAAUCAUAACGCUGGCAGCAAAGUAGUCUUAAAAGUUAUGGUCCAGAGCAUCUUGGAUAUACCCCGACCAUGCCAGUCUUGCUCCAAGCUCAAAAGAGUUGAGAAAGAGUGUCUUAGCAGGGAUAGGGUAAGAUGUGCCCUCCCCCUCCCAAUUCUUCACUCUUACCCACCCAGUGGGGGCCGUUUGCUACUCAGCGGGGAAGGCUGCGCUCAGCGCUUAGCAGCGACCGCAUCUGAAAAGAGGCAGAGAAGGAACAGUACAAGCUGAGUUGAGUUGGGUUCUGACUGGCCAUGCCCCAGGGCCUGGAUCCAGGAUCUGCAGUCUUGUUUCUUCGGCGAUGAAAGUAUCGUUCCUGGGUGUGCAGCGCCCCCGUGUGGCUAAAGUGCCCUGCAUACAAAGCUAAUUCCUUGUGGGCACCGUUUGCCGACGAGAUCAAGUGGACAAGGUAUGGAGUUUGAGGGUAAUCGUCUCCUGUUAAAUGUAUGCUCACUCGCCCGCCCCUCCCUCACACAGUGGAAGAAAUGGUAUUUUACGUCUUCUAUGGCAUUUCCCAGGAUUUUGAAGUGUUAGUUGGUGCUGGAAGGAUUUGCGUAGGGUUUUAGUGUCAUCAAUGAAUUCUAGAAAGGGGCCUGAACAGAGAGACUUAGCAAUGAGGGGGUUCUAUUUGUCACAGCUGGCUGGCAGCCAGCGUAAGAUGGUCUAGCGUUUUUAGAAAGAAGACUCAAAAGACUACACCAGACAUAGUUUUAAAAGGGAUCCGGAGCCAGGAGGCACAUAGCCUCGCUGCCUCUUCACCAAGAUAAUACAUUGUCCUUUUUCCUCCCUCCUGCUUUCUCUUCCAUUGGCCCAGGAAGUGUGGAGAGUUGCCAUGACAACUAUGUCCUCUCACCCCUCAGCGUCCCUGUGCUAAUAUGGGAGGUGGGGGUGGGGAAGACAGCCGGAAGAGGGAUUGAAAUGGAGCAAUAAAAGGUAAAUAAGGUCUGCCUGGUGUAGUGGUUUACAUCUGUAAUCCCAGCAGUUGGGAAGAUGAGACAGGAGGAUUGCCACGAGUUCGAGGCCACCUCGAAUCAUGUUGCAAGUGCCAGACAAGACCCGAUCUGAAAUGAGAAAUAAGCCAUUCAUCAUCCAGUCCUCCAGCUUUUCCCAAAACUCCUGUGAACCUCUUUUCCUUAACAGAAAUCCAGAAGACGUUUGGAGGGAAAGCUGUGAGGAGAUAACGCCUGCCCCCUGCCACACCCCCACCUCCGAGAGCUUUGGGGGUGGGUGCAGAGAUCACGGUGCUCCUGUGAGGUCAGCAACCUGCAGAUGGGAGGCUCGGGGUCUGAGGCACCCCGCCUGCCAGCCUUGCCCUCUCGCACCACCCACUCUAGUGGGGGCGGCACCGCCCUCAGUCAGGGACCUUGGGGGCGGAGCUUGGACACACUGCUCUCAGCCGAGCCAUGAACCGCUGCCCCCGCAGGUGCCGGAGCCCGUUGGGGCAGGCAGCGCGAUCCCUCUACCAGUUGGUGACUGGGUCGCUGUCGCCAGACAGCGUGGAGGAUGAGUUUGAACUAUCCACCGUGUGCCACCGGCCUGAGGGUCUGGAGCAGCUCCAGGAACAAACCAAGUUCACACGCAAAGAAUUGCAGGUCCUGUACCGAGGCUUCAAGAACGAAUGCCCCAGCGGAAUUGUCAAUGAGGAGAACUUCAAGCAGAUUUAUUCUCAGUUCUUUCCCCAAGGAGACUCCAGCACUUACGCCACUUUUCUCUUCAAUGCCUUUGACACCAACCACGAUGGCUCUGUCAGUUUUGAGGACUUUGUGGCUGGUUUGUCCGUGAUUCUUCGGGGGACAGUAGAUGAUAGGCUGAACUGGGCCUUCAAUUUAUAUGACCUUAACAAGGAUGGCUGUAUCACAAAGGAGGAGAUGCUUGACAUCAUGAAAUCCAUCUAUGACAUGAUGGGCAAGUACACAUACCCUGCGCUGCGGGAGGAGGCCCCGAGGGAACAUGUGGAGAGCUUCUUCCAGAAGAUGGACAGAAACAAGGAUGGCGUGGUGACCAUUGAGGAAUUUAUUGAGUCCUGUCAACAGGACGAGAACAUCAUGAGGUCCAUGCAACUCUUUGAUAAUGUCAUCUAGUCCCCCAGAGAGAGGGGUUAGUGCGUCCUGGGGGUGACCAUGCUCUAGUCCUAGUCCAGGUGAACCUAACCCCUCUCUCCUCAGGUCUGUCCUCAUCCUGCCUUUACCCUGGAAGCUAUAGAGAUUCAAGGUCCUGGGGCUUCAGUGGUCCAGAUCCCUGGAGCUAAAUGGCAAGAGUAGGCAGAAUAUAUCUGGGGUGGGGAGGGUUCCCAGCUCCCGGCAGCUCUUACCCCCUUCUCACCUGAUACCCAGUGCUGAGGACACCCCUGCUCUAGGGACUGAGUGGUUCUCCACCCCCCAACCCCACUUUAGAAACGACACUAGACAGAAUGUCCUCCUGCUAUGGUGCUUUCCCCAUCCCUCAUCUCACAGUUUCCCUCUAAGACCCCCAUCUCAGAGAACAUGCCAUGUCCAUUUCCCUGGCUGGCUCUUCAGCCAGCCUUUGAGGGCCCUGGGAAGGGGGAGGAACAUGACAGGAAAGCAGAAAAAUCUUGGCCCUGCCUGAGCCAGUAGUUAGGUCCUAGGAAUUGGCUAAAGUGGGAAACCGAAAGCCUGGGCAGAUUAUGAGUCCAGGUGGGGCUGUCAUUGCCAGGUUCCAUGGGUCUGCUUUCCCGGGCCAGCAGAAUAUGAGCUUCCAGACUUUCCAGAAGGCCUUAUGUCCUUAGCAAUGUCCCAGAAACUUACCAUGCACUUCUCAGUGUCUUAGGAGAGACUAGGAUCCAGAUGUCUGUUUCAUUCUGAGUCCUCUCCCACCUCCUUGCUUGUGUGGCUGGGGGAGGAUGAGUGGGAGGUUUCCUGGAUGAUGCCUGUCAAAGUCCCAUGCUACCUUCUGGCCUCUCACCUUCUGAUGGCUGUGACUUCAGUUUCUGUUCUCCAUGACCUCUGAAUGUAAAGGUCAUGGAGUGAGUCAGGGAUUUUCCCCCAACUUGAGUCUUACCACUCGUCCUAGUGGCUGCCUUAGGGGAAUGGGAGGGGGAAGAAGGCCACUACAUCUGAACCCAGUGUGGGGGCAUUCAUUAGAAUCUUUGCCCAGCUCCCCAUAAUGCCCUAGGAUUCCCUGGGGUCCCUUCUCCCUUUGUUUAGUCUACCCAGAGAUGCCCCUGAGCUCACCUAGAGGGCAGGGACCUAGGAUCCAGGUCCAACCUUACUGUCAGCACCCUGAGAUGCUGCUGUCCCCCUCUUACUAUACCUGCUUGUCUCGUUCAGCUCGCCUUCCCAGUCAGCUAGGGUCUGAGGGGAAGGCCCCACAGAGCCCCCAUCCCGUCAGACAUUGUUGACUGCUUUGCAUUUUGGGCUCUUCUACAUAUUUUGUAAAGUAAAAAGACACCAGAUCCAAUAAAGCACACGGCUAUGCACAGCCUGCUGUCUCGGCUUCUCUGUCCCCCCACCCUACAAACACCCCUUGAUCCGACGACGUGCCUAUAGCCCUUUAAACCACCAGGAGGGUGCUU